AUGGCAGAAACCACAGAACAGAACGAGGGCAAACACGACGGCUCAUCUCCAGGAGCGACGGACCAAGAAAAGGAGAUGGCAUCCAGCGCUUACGACGCCUUUGUGGCGGGGAAAUACCAGGAGUCUCUGAAGCAGCUGGACACGCUGCAGGAGCAGAACAAGGACGAUUACAAAGUCCCCAUGAACCGCGCUGUGGUCGAGUUCUACAAGAGCGGACAGACCACCACUGGCAUGCUCAAACAGACACUGCUGAUGCUGAGGAACCAGAUGCCCUCUUCAGCGGAAGACGUGGACGGUCUGGACGAUGUGGAGAACUGUAUGCUCUACUACAAUCAGGCCAUCGUGCUCUACCACCUGCGGCAGUACGCGGAGGCCAUCGCCAUCGCCGAGCGUCUCUACCAGUUCCUCGAGCCCUUUGAGAAGUUCGCUCUCUCCGUGAGUUUUCUGCUGGUGGAUCUCUAUCUGCUCACUUUUCAGCCGGAGAGAGCGCUGCACCUGCUCACUGUUCUGGAGAAACACAGCGUCCAGGGAGGAGGCAAGAACGGCAAAGAGAACCACAAUUCAAAUAAAGAAGCGGCGAGUCAGAAAGCAGAGUUCGCAGCAAUGAUGGAGGCGGCAAAGUCCAAAGUGCACCAGUACAAAGUGCGAGCGUACAUCCAGAUGAAAUCGUCCAAAUCCUGCAAGCGAGAGAUCAAGUCUGUCAUGAACACGUCUGGAAAUUCCGCGCCGUCGCUCUUCCUCAAAAGCAACUUUGAAUAUUUACGAGGGAACUACAGAAAAGCCGUGAAGCUCCUGAACAGCUCCAACAUCGCGGAGCAUCCUGGGCCUCUGAAGACAGGUGAAUGUGUGCGCUGUAUGUUCUGGAACAACCUGGGCUGCAUCCACUUUGCGAUGGGGAAACACAACCUGGGAAUCUUCUACUUCAAGAAGGCGCUGCAGGAGAACGACCACACUUGUGCGCAGCUGGGGGACGGCGGCAGCGGCCCGGCUAAGAAGUAUGCGGGGAUCCCCAUGUGCGCGCUCCUGUCCAACAAACGUUACGAGCUUCUGUAUAACUGUGGGAUCCAGCUGCUGCACAUCGGGCGGCCUCUCGCAGCGUUCGAGUGUCUGAUGGAGGCGGUGCAGGUGUAUCACUCCAACCCCCGACUGUGGCUGCGGCUGGCAGAGUGCUGCGUGUGCGCCAACAAGGGGGGCGCGGAGCAGGAGAGUAAAGGCCUCCCGUGUAAGAAGGGGAUCGUCCAGUCCAUCGUGGGUCAGGGGUACCACCGCAAGAUCAUCCUGGCCUCACAGUCUGCUCACAACUCCCCCUACAGUGAGGGUCAAUCAGCCGCGAUCCCUGUGGCCAGUAUGGAGUUCGCCGCCAUUUGCCUCCGAAACGCUUUACUGCUGCUGCCGGAGCAUCAGCAACAAGACGGCAAGACCGAGAACUGCUCCAAGAGCUCCAGCCAGUCCUGUAGCAUCGAGAGCGGCAGCGAGAACAGUGACUCCUGCAGUGGGAAAGGUCUGGACGCAGAUAAGUUCCUGUCGGCAGGUCCAUCGUCUCCGCUUCGCAAGCAGGAAGUGGAGAACCUCAGGUGUUCCAUCCUGGCCUGCAGUGCGUACGUGGCCCUGGCGUUGGGAGACAACCUCAUGGCUUUGACUCACGCCGAGAAACUGCUGCACCAGCCCAAAGUGUCGGGUUCCCUCAAGUUCCUGGGUCACCUCUACGCCGCUGAAGCCCUCAUCUCCAUGGACAGAAUCUCAGACGCCAUCUCUCACCUGAACCCAGAGAACGUGUGCGACGUGUCCAUGGGCGUGUGUUCCAGCGACCCGGACCAAGGUUCAGAGAAAGGAGAAGAACCCGGAGAGUCCUGGAAACACACCCCUCAGUCCUACCCCAGCUCUGUGGCCUGUGCCCGAGCCAUGAUGCUGUUCAACCUGGGGAGCGCGUACUGCCUCCGGAGCGAGUACGAGAAGGCCCGCAAGUGUCUGCAUCAGGCCGCGUCGAUGGUGAACACUAAAGAGAUUCCGCCUGAGGCCAUUCUGCUCGGAGUUUACCUGGAACUGCAGAACGGAAACACACAGCUCGCGUUGCAGAUCAUCAAACGGAACCAGCUCCUUCCGUCGGCUCUGCUCCGAGUCUCUCCAGAGUCCUGCAAGAAGUCUGCCCAGAACACAGCCCUGGCCUCGCCCUUCAACCAGCGCAAGUGA